GAGGAGGAGGCGGAGGCGGGGACCGGCCGUGCCCAGCCCAGCGCCUUACCCCGGCCGGACACGGCGCCCGGGGCGGAGAUGGCGGACGAGCCCCAGAAGAAGCCGCACUUGUCGGCCUUAGUGGGGCACACCAACGGGCUCACCAAGCCCGCCUCGCUGGCCGCUGCCGCCACUACCCGCGCCGGGGGAGGAGGAGGAGGAGGAGGAGGAGGAAGCACAACCGCCUCCUCCAAGAAACUCGUGAUCAAGAACUUCAGAGAAAGACCCAAACUGCCAGAUAAUUACACUCGGGACACCUGGCAGAAACUUCAUGAAGCGGUGGGAGCCAUACAGAGUAGCGUUUCUAUUAAAUACAACCUUGAAGAGCUCUACCAGGCUGUCGAAAAUCUCUGUUCUUACAAAGUCUCUGCUACACUGUACAAACAGCUGCGGCAAGUCUGUGAAGAUCAUGUGAAAGCACAAAUCCUUCAAUUCAGAGAAGAUUCACUGGAUAGUCUUUUAUUUUUAAAGAAGAUAAAUAAAUGCUGGCAAGAUCAUUGCAGACAAAUGAUCAUGAUCAGAAGCAUUUUCUUAUUUUUGGAUCGUACAUAUGUACUUCAGAAUUCAAUGCUUCCUUCUAUAUGGGAUAUGGGGCUGGAGUUAUUUAGAAAUCACGUCAUUAGUGACAAGCAAGUUCAAAACAAGACUAUUGAUGGAAUCCUCCUGCUGAUCGAACGAGAACGAAAUGGUGAAGCUGUGGACAGAAGUUUGCUGCGGAGUUUGUUGAGCAUGCUGUCUGAUCUGCAGGUUUACAAGGAAUCAUUUGAACAGAGGUUUCUGGAGGAGACAAAUUGCUUAUAUGCUGCAGAAGGCCAAAGAUUAAUGCAAGAAAGAGAGGUUCCAGAAUACCUUCACCAUGUUAAUAAACGUUUGGAAGAAGAAGGAGACAGAGUAAUAACAUAUUUAGACCACAGCACACAGAAACCACUGAUUGCUUGUGUGGAGAAACAGCUGCUAGGAGAACACUUAUCAGCUAUUUUGCAAAAAGGACUUGAUAACCUGCUCGAUGAAAAUAGAAUAUCAGAUUUGACCCAGACAUACCAGCUGUUCAGCCGGGUAAAAGGUGGGCAGCAGAUCCUUUUGCAACAUUGGAGUGAAUACAUCAAGAACUUUGGGACAACAAUAGUGGUUAAUCCUGAAAAAGACAAGGAUAUGGUGCAAGAGCUACUAGAUUUUAAGGAUAAAGUGGACCAUAUCAUAGAAGUGUGCUUUCAGAAAAAUGAAAAAUUUAUAAACUUGAUGAAGGAGUCCUUUGAAACAUUUAUCAACAAGAGACCAAAUAAGCCUGCAGAAUUGAUAGCAAAAUAUGUGGAUUCCAAGUUAAGAGCUGGUAAUAAAGAAGCAACAGAUGAAGAGCUGGAAAGAAUCCUUGACAAAAUCAUGAUCAUAUUUAGAUUCAUUCAUGGUAAAGAUGUGUUUGAGGCAUUUUAUAAGAAAGACUUGGCCAAAAGACUGCUGGUUGGAAAAAGUGCAUCAGUAGAUGCUGAGAAGUCCAUGUUGUCAAAGCUUAAACAUGAAUGUGGCGCUGCUUUUACCAGCAAACUGGAGGGGAUGUUCAAGGACAUGGAACUGUCAAAAGAUGUCAUGGUUCAGUUUAAGCAGUAUAUGCAGAACCAAAGUGACCCAGGAAAUAUAGACCUGACAGUAAAUAUAUUAACUAUGGGAUAUUGGCCAACUUAUACACCUAUGGAAGUCCACUUAAAUUCAGAGAUGAUAAAGCUUCAAGAGGUAUUUAAAACCUUUUACCUGGGAAAACACAGUGGUCGAAAACUUCAGUGGCAGACCACUUUAGGGCAUGCUGUCCUAAAGGCGGAAUUUAAGGAAGGAAAGAAAGAAUUUCAAGUAUCGCUCUUUCAGACACUAGUGUUGCUUAUGUUUAAUGAAGGAGAUGAAUUCAGUUUUGAAGAAAUUAAAAUGGCCACUGGUGUAGAGGACAGUGAAUUAAGAAGAACCUUGCAGUCUUUAGCUUGUGGAAAAGCACGAGUGCUAAUUAAAAAUCCAAAGGGCAAGGAUGUAGAAGAUGGAGAUAAAUUCAUCUUUAAUGGUGAUUUCAAGCAUAAAUUGUUUAGAAUAAAGAUCAACCAAAUCCAAAUGAAAGAAACAGUCGAGGAACAGGUCAGCACAACUGAAAGAGUAUUUCAAGACAGGCAAUAUCAGAUUGAUGCUGCUAUUGUACGAAUAAUGAAGAUGAGAAAGACGCUUGGUCAUAAUCUCCUUGUUUCUGAAUUGUAUAAUCAACUGAAAUUUCCCGUAAAGCCUGGAGACUUGAAAAAGAGGAUUGAAUCUCUCAUUGACAGAGACUAUAUGGAGAGAGACAAAGACAACCCCAAUCAGUACCACUAUGUUGCAUAAUGGAGAAGAAAUACUUUUAUUUAAAAAAAAAUAAAAAAACAAACCCCAAAAAUAAAAA